AUGGCACAAAUGUCGGGAGAACUGCACGCUGCUUCGUUGCUUCACAUGAGGCGACUGAUGAAGUGUUUGGGAAUUCUGCCUUUUGGUCAGAAUCUAUUCGCGAAAGUAUUUUGCUAUGUACUACUCUUUAUGGCACUGGUAUUUUCGAGCUACUGGCGCUUCAGCUUUAACUAUGCAUUGGACUACGAUUUCCUGAAUGAUCAAUUUUCAAGCACCAUCGACCUGAGCAACUUUGUGGCCCUAAUUGUGAGUCAUGCGAUCAUCGUGAUGGAGCUACUUUGGGCCAAUUGCAGCAAGGAUGUGGAUAGGCAACUGCAGUCGAUCCACACCCAAAUAAAACUGCAACUGGGUACACCGAAUACAACGGAUCGUGUGCGGAAAUAUUGCAAUUGGAUCUAUGGAUCCCUAGUCAUACGAUGGCUAAUAUUUAUCGUAGUCACUGUGUAUAGUGAUCGCGCUCUUACCUUAUACGCCACCUAUUCGGAAUUGGUUUUGCUAGCGCGUUUUUCCGAGCUCACACUGUACUGUGCUGUGAUUUUGUUUCUUUACCAAGAACUUAUCGUCGGCGGUUCAAAUGUCCUGGAUGAACUGCACAGAACCCGAUUUGAGAUGUGGUCCAUACGCCGUUUAACACUGCAGAAACUGGCCAAAUUGCAAGCCAUCCACAACUCUUUGUGGCAGGCUAUCAGGUGUCUGGAGCGCUACUUUCAACUCAGUCUGAUCACGCUGCUCAUGAAGUUCUUCAUCGACACUUCGGCACUGCCAUACUGGCUCUACCUCAGCAGAGUUCAGCACACAGAAGUUUCCAUCCAGCACUAUGUCGCCACGGAUGAGUGCAUCAAACUCUUGGAAAUCGUAGUGCCCUGCUAUGUCUGCACACGUUGCGAUGCAAUGCAGCGAAAGUUUCGAUCCAUGUUCUACACAGUCACUACAGAUCGACGUAAUGGUCAGCUAAAUGCGGCUCUAAGGAGUCUGAAUCUUCAGUUGAGUCAGGAGAAAUACAAGUUUAGUGCCGCAGGAAUGGUGGACAUAAACACCGAAAUGCUGGGAAAGUUCAUUUUUGGCAUGAUCAGCUACAUUGUGAUCUGCAUCCAGUUUAGCAUCAAUUUCAGAGCCAAAAUCCCGAAGACAAUGGCCCAAAACACCACCACAUUCACAAGUGCCCCCGUUUAA